AUUCGCGAAUUCACCAUCUAGCAACAAAGACAACGAUUGGCUGUGCUGGAGUUUAUCCAUCCUCUAGGCUUCUCGAUUAUUUGUUACCAAGGAUGUAGAGAACGCAGAUUGAAGCUGGGUCACCAACUAGCUAACCUAGCUAGACUAGUAGUCUAACUCUAUUCGUUUUUUUUGUGUAUGAGGAUCAGUUUUCGUUUGAACAUUUAAUAAAAAGUAACAACGAGUACACCCUUACUAAAGCCAUAGCCUUUCUGCUGGCUGUAUACAAAACGUAACAACCAGCGAGAAUGAUGGCUGAUUGAAGCUAAUGCUAUCGAGUAUUUCGCUGAGCAGUCUGACAUAAAACAAUUCCAGGUUUCUAGUUAGCCAUUAUUACUCCACCGGAAGGGUUUACAAUGGCUGGCACGGUGCUAGGGGUUGGCACGGGAGUGUUCCUCAUCGUUCUGAUCUGGAUCGUCGCUUUCGUUUCUGGGAUGAUUCUCCUCAGGGCAUCUGGAACGACCAAGUUAGGAGUGGUUCCCGUGUUCAUCCUGGCGCUCAUCACUACCCUGGCGCUGGUCUUCUUCCCUCGCAGCUCAGAAACACCCUCGUCUUUCAGGGAAAAGGAGAUAGUGGACACGUUCUUCAUCGGGCGCUACGUCCUCCUUGCGGUGUCCUGCCUGGUGUUCCUGGUGGCUCUCUUCCCCCUGCUGACCCAACACCUCCUCACCCCUGUCUACGCCACACCGAUGAGACCACUUUAGAAGUCUAUCUUUUGUAUAAAUCGUGUUUUAAUAUUGAAAAAAUAAAUGACUUUAUAAUACAUCUAGUUGUAUUAUUUUGAUGUAUAUCAUUCCCCUGCUUCCCUCUCGUGGUGUUAGAUAUGCAGCUUGGAGUCCUGAACCACAGAAGAAGCCAGGCCCCUGGCAUGAAUAUGCAUCAAUGUUUGUUUACCUUGUUGAGAUGCAGAAGUUCGGCUUCCUGAUUGGAUUCAGUUAACCAGGAUAUUUGUCAUCUCUCCUUGAUUGGCCCUGGUACGCUGUGGGCUUCCUGAAGGCCUCUCGAGCCGACGGAACUGAAUGAAGACGUGAGUGUGAGGGGAUAGAUGUGAAGGAGACUUCUGGCACUUUCUACAUGAAGGAGGGUGAUCAUUUCCUCCAAAUUCAUUCUGCGUUUAGUCACAUUGGACUGGAUUUAAACCGGAUAAAUUGCAUCUGCAUUGACAUGGUGAUUUUCCACUAAUGGAUGCCGUCUUAAAAUACCCAAAUACAACCCUGAGGGAGAGAGUGUGGAAAUGAACAUUCAAGCCAAAUAUUUAAAAACAAAUGGCAGUUUUGUUUAAGUUGUUAGUUUGUUAAAGUGG